AUGAGCUCCCGGAGUAAACGUAUACUGGAAUUGUGUAACAACACACCACAUAAAGUACCAGUGGGGUAUAUGUCUAGCAAAAAAGACAAUGUCACUAUUACUACUCCGGAUAUCAGCGAAAAAGAAAACUUCAAUAUCUUAGAUCUACCAGUAGACAUAGUCAACGAGAGUUUUAUAGAAACGUUUGGUAUGAUUGAUGCAGAAAUUCUAGAAUCAGUUGAAACUACAAGUCUAGCAGUUCCGGAGUUUGACAAUAUGGAAAUUGUUCACGGAGAAGUUUCAGAAGUCGAAGGACUAUCUGAAGCUACAAACUUUGCAGAUCCAGAAUUCGAGUGUUCAGAUAUCGUUCAAAAUCAAACUCCAGGUGUUGAGGCAGCAGCUGAAAAUGCAGGACUCGAAGUUUCAGUACUCUAA